CAGCAGUGUUUUUCUCUCCCUGGGGAACACCCUGGAGACAACCCUGCAGGAGAACCUGACACACACACACACACACACACACACACACACGCUCCAGGAGAGACCUGGUCCGAAAGGGAACAGGGAACCUGGUUAAGGCCUCUGGCUAAGGGUGGGGCUCCUGAGCCCAGCGGUCAUGGGGCGACCGGAGAAGGUCGCGCUGCGGUCAGGCGGUCACGGCGUGGUCCUGGCUCUCCUGCUCCUCCUCGCCGGCGUCUCGGGCCUCUCGCAAAUGCCGAGAGUCUUCCUCACUUUCAAAGAGCUGGAGGCCUCCCAGUCCUUUGAGCAUUACAGCAUGUCGGAGCACCCGAUGGACUACAGGAUCCUGCUGGUGGACGAAGACCAGGACCGCAUGUACGUGGGCUGCAGGGAUCACGUCCUGUCAAUGAACAUCAACAACAUCACCCACAGGAUGCUGAAGGUUUAUUGGCCGGCGUCCAUCAGCAAAAUCGAGGAGUGCAUCAUGGCGGGAAAGGACCCCACGCACGGCUGUGGGAACUUUGUGCGUGUGGUGCAGCCCUAUAACCGAACGCACCUGUUCGCCUGUGGGAGUGGAGCCUUCAGCCCCGUCUGCGCCUACAUCAACAGGGGUCGGAGGUCAGAGGAGCAAGUGUUCCACAUUGACUCUCGGAUUGAGUCUGGGAAGGGAAGAUGUUCUUUCAGUCCUCAGAUCAACACUGUCUCUGUCAUGCUAAACCAGGAGCUGUUCUCAGGGAUGUACAUCGACUUCAUGGGCACCGACGCCGCCGUGUUCCGCAGCCUGACCCGGAGGAACGCCGUCCGCACCGACCAGCACAACUCCAAGUGGCUGAGCGAGCCGGUGUUUAUCGAUGCCAAGCUGAUCCCAGACGGCUCAGACCCCAACGACGCCAAGCUGUACUUCUUCUUCAAAGAGCGCCUGAUAGACAGCAACGGGAACACCAAGCACAUCCACACCAUGGUGGCACGAGUGUGCCCGAAUGACAUCGGAGGCCAGCGGAGUCUGGUGAAUAAGUGGACCACCUUCCUGAAGGCCAGGAUGGUGUGUGUGGUGCAGGAGCUGGAUGGCACGGAGACACACUUCGACGAGCUCGAAAGUGUGUUUCUGCUGGAGCAGGAGCACCCCAAGAGGAUUCUGCUCUUCGCCGUUUUCACAUCUACCAGCUCCGUGUUCAAGGGCUCUGCGGUGUGCGUGUACAACAUGGCCGACAUCCUGAUGGUGUUCAACGGGCCCUUCGCCCACAGAGACGGCCCCGGCUUCCAGUGGACGGCCUACCAGGGCCGGAUCCCCUUCCCCCGGCCGGGCACGUGCCCCGGGGGAGCCUUCACCCCGAACAUGCACACCACCAAGGAGUUCCCCGACGACGUGGUGACCUUCGUCAGGAACCACCCCAUGAUGUUCAAUCCCAUCUACCCCGUGGGCCGCCGGCCGCUGGUGGUGCGCACCAACGCCGACUACAAGUACACCGCCAUCGGCGUGGACCUGGUGACCGCCGCUGACGGGCGCUACCAAGUCCUGUUCCUGGGGACAGACAAAGGCACUGUUCAGAAGCUGGUGGUUCUUCCCACAAACCACUCUUUGGGUCAGGACCUGAUUCUGGAGGAGCUCGAGGUGUUUAAGAACCAUGCCCCUGUGACCAAUUUAAAAAUCUCCCCAAAAAAGCAAAAGCUCUACGUGAGCUCGCGGCACGGGGUUUCCCAGGUGUCUUUGCACCGUUGCCAUGCCUACGGCUCGGCCUGCGCGGACUGCUGUCUGGCCAGAGACCCGUACUGCGCCUGGGACGGCCUCUCCUGCUCCCGCUUCUACCCUUCUGGCAAGAGGAGGAGCAGAAGACAGGACAUUAUUCAUGGGAACCCACUGACACAGUGCAGAGGAUUCAACCUCAAAGCCUACAGGAAUGCGGAGGAGACGGUGCAGUUCGGAGUGAAGAACAGCACCACCUUCCUGGAAUGCCUGCACAAGUCCCCCCAGGCCUCCGUCCGGUGGCUGGUCCAGAGAGACAGCGACCGCAGAAAAGAGGUGAAGACCAGCGAGCGGCUGAUCCCCUCCAGCGGCGGGCUGCUGAUCCGGUCGGCGCAGGUCUCGGACGAGGGCCUGUACUACUGCCAGACCACGGAGAACGGCUUCAAACGCACAGCCGCCAAGGUCCGCCUCCGGGUGCUGGGCAACGCCGCGGCGACGGCCCUGACGGACAAGCGGCGGUUGCCGUGGGCGCUGGCGGGGGCGCUGAACCCCAAGGCGCUGCUCCCGGCCCUGGGGGGGGGCGAGGCGCUGUCCCUGCAGCAGUACUGCAAGGAGCAGAGGCAGGCGGAGAGGCCACCCCCGCCCCGGGGAGACCUGGCCAAGCUCAAGCCCUUCCUGGACCGGGGGAAGAGCCGCAACCGCCGAAACCACCAGCCGGGGGGUUAG